AUGGAUGGCCGAAUGGUUCCGCUGGAAAUUGUGCUUUUGAUGCGUUGCCGAGGAAUUCCCGGUGUGAUCCAAACAAUCGAUUGGUUUGAACGCCCUGAUGGUUAUAUGAUAGUUAUGGAACGGCCAAGUCCAUCUACUGACCUGUUCGACUACAUUUCCGAAAAAGGCGCCCUCACUGAAAGUGUCGCGCGUGACUACUUCCGUCAGGUGGUCGACACAGUGCUCGCGUGCUAUCGUGUAAAUGUCAUUCAUCGCGACAUAAAGGACGAAAAUCUCGUAGUCGACAUGAAAAACGGUCUUGUCAAGUUGAUCGACUUCGGAUCAGGCGCUUUUCACAAAGAAGGUCCAUAUACUGACUUUGAAGUUUAUAAUGCCAACUGCGAGCGCGGUGCGCUUAUCGUUACUCCCUCCUAUCUAUCAGUCCAUCAUCACCCAAAUAGUCAUAUGCCUUUUGCUGAGGGUGUGUACUUAUUCAUUGGCGUCGCUCCGGCGCCACUCCUCUUCUCUGUAAGCUUCCAGUUUGAUAGUCACAGCGUUUGA